CUUGGGUCCAAACGUACCAUCAGUCCGUCCGAGUUAUCCUACAGGAUACACAUAGCAAAUAAACAAAUGGCAUUACCUUUGACUCUUGUAUUCGUUUCGGCUUUGUUGAUCUUCAAGGCCGGAGCUUUCCCUCCCAUCGAUAAUGAGGCUGCCGUGGUUGUCGAACGUUCGAAUCUGACUAGCGCAACCACCGAUCUCUGCCUGCGCGAAGGCGGUUUGUGCGUGAUCAAAAGCCAAUGCCCUCAAGACAAACUGGCGUCCAAGAAGGGCCUAUGCGGCAAAGCGGACAAGGAAUGCUGCCACUCACUGCCAGAUACUAUCGUCGAUUGCCAGGAACGCGGCGGAAUGUGCAGGCUGUCGUCCGAAUGCAGAGGAGCUUCUCGUGAUGAGCUCGGUCGUUGCGACGCUGGUCACGUUUGCUGCAUCCUCAUUAGAUAAAGUGGAAUUAUUCGUCGUCGUGUACGCAGAGUUUUCCUUUUUUACUUACAUAAUAAUAAGCAAACUAAUCAAAAAGUCUCAAUCGGAAAAUUGUGAAACGGGACUAUUAUAAUAUCAUAAUCUCAAAUGAUUGUUUGAUUGUUAAUAAAUGGUAUAUAUCUGGUGUUUAUCGGGAACAAUAAUAAACCAUACUGGCAUUAUUAUAAA